AUUGGCAUGAAAUAUGCAAGUAAAAAAAAAAAAAAAAAUUGACAAUAUUCUAAUUACAUCCCCUCCGUUCCUUUACCUGGCUUUUUUUUUUUUCUUUUUAUUCAUUUUUAAUUCAAUGUAUAGACUAUCCAGACUAUUGAAUGUCCCAAAACUGCGUAUAAACCGUGCAGGUUUUGCCAAACACGCUAGUAUACGUUUAUUUGCAAGUCAUGACGGAUUUUUGCAAGGUAAUACAGCCAAUUAUAUCGAUGCCAUGUAUGAGUCCUGGUUAAAAGAUCCUACCUCGGUUCAUGUAUCAUGGCAAGCCUAUUUUAAAAAUAUGGCCAACGGUGUUCCAUCCAACCAAGCUUUUAUUCCACCCCCUACUGACAGUGCAAGAUUACCUGAAAUGCCUGGUGCUACGUUACCCAUGAUGAACGAGUCUUCAAAGCAAGUGAUUGAACAUAUGAAAAUCCAAUUACUCGUAAGAGCGUAUCAAGUACGUGGUCAUAAUAUUGCGGAUCUGGAUCCUUUGCAUCUUCAACGCACGAUGGCUGAGCAUUCUAUCCCACCCGAGUUGACAUUACAAUAUUAUGGUUUCACGGAAAAGGAUUUGGACCGUAAGUUUACUUUGGGUCCUGGUAUUUUGUCAUCAUUAAACAAGACUGAAAAGGAGCUGACAUUACGCGAGAUUGUUGAUGCAUUGAAGAAAAUGUAUUGUGGAUCCAUUGGUAUUGAAUAUGUUCAUAUCCCAGACCGAGCACAAUGUGAUUGGAUUCGAGCAAGAUUUGAAAAACCAGAGCCAUACAAGUAUACAGCGGAUGAAAAGAAACGAAUUCUGGAUCGAUUAACUUGGUCGGAUAGUUUUGAGCGCUUUGUAGCCUCCAAAUAUCCUUCUGAGAAAAGAUUUGGUCUUGAAGGUGGAGAGACCUUGAUUCCUGGUAUGAAGGCCUUGAUUGAUCGCUCUGUGGAUCAUGGUGUGACCAACAUUGUGAUUGGUAUGCCACAUCGUGGUCGUUUAAACGUGCUUUCAAACGUUGUCCGAAAACCCAACGAAUCCAUCUUUUGUGAAUUCAGUGGAUCGGUGGAGCCCAAUGAUGAAGGAUCCGGGGAUGUCAAGUAUCAUUUGGGUAUGAAUUAUGUACGUCCAACACCUUCGGGUAAACGUGUUCAUCUCUCCUUGGUUGCCAACCCAUCUCAUUUGGAGGCGGUGGAUCCGGUGGUAUUAGGAAAGACAAAGGCGCUUCAGUUUUAUAAUAAGGAUACGGAUGGUUCUCAUUCCAUGUCGAUUUUGAUGCACGGUGAUGCUGCGUUUGCUGGUCAAGGUGUGGUUUAUGAGACAAUGGGGUUCUAUGAUUUACCCUCGUAUUCAACAGGUGGUACCAUACAUAUCGUCGUGAAUAAUCAAAUCGGAUUUACAACAGACCCAAGAUUUGGUCGAUCGACCCAGUAUUGUACGGAUAUUGCAAAAUCCAUCAAUGCCCCUGUAUUUCACGUGAAUGGUGAUGAUGUAGAGGCAGUAACGUUUGUAAUGCAAAUGGCUGCUGAUUGGAGACAAACGUUCCAUAAGGACUGCGUGAUUGAUUUAGUUUGUUAUCGAAAGCACGGCCAUAAUGAAACUGAUCAACCCAUGUUUACCCAACCUUUGAUGUAUCAAGCGAUUGCCAAGAUGAAGCCAGUAGCUCAAAAGUACGAAGAGCAAUUAUCUAAAGAAGGAGCGUUUACCACAAAACAAAUUGAAGAACAAAAGAAGAGUAUCUGGGAGACUUUAGAGGAAAGUUACGUGGCCAGUAAAAGUUACAAGCCUAGCUCAAGAGAGUGGUUAUCGAGCAGCUGGCCUGGAUUUAAAUCCCCCAAGGAACUCGCUACAGAAAUCUUGCCUCAGUACCCAACAGGUGUCACUUCUGAAGUGAUGCAAACGGUUGGAAAAGCCAUGACGACGCUUCCCCAAAAUUUUACAGCCCAUCGUAAUAUCGUGCGUAUUCUCCAAGCGCGCGAAAAGAGUUUGAAAUCAGGCACGGAUAUUGAUUGGUCGACAGCGGAAGGUCUAGCGUGGGGUUCCUUAUUGCUAGAGAAUAAACAUGUGCGUGUAUCAGGUCAAGAUGUUGAACGUGGUACAUUUUCUCAACGUCAUGCGGUGUUACAUGAUCAAAAGUCAGAUGCAAAGACCACAUUACUGAACAAUGUCAGUCCCGAACAAGGUGUUCUUUCAAUUUCCAACUCCUCCUUAUCAGAGUAUGGUGUACUUGGAUUUGAAUUGGGGUAUUCUCUUGUGGAUCCGAAUUCCUUGGUUGUAUGGGAAGCUCAAUUUGGAGAUUUUGCAAACACUGCCCAGGUCAUUGUAGAUCAGUUUUUAGCAGCAGGGGAACAAAAGUGGCUUCAACGUACAGGUUUAGUCAUGUCUUUACCUCAUGGAUAUGAUGGACAAGGACCCGAGCAUUCAUCUGCGCGUAUUGAGAGAUAUCUUCAAUUAUGUGAUGAAAAUCCCUAUGUCUAUCCAACUGCCGAGAAACUUGCUAGACAACACCAAGAUUGUAACAUGCAAGUGGUGUAUGCCUCUACGCCAUCCCAAUAUUUCCAUGUGCUACGUCGACAAAUCUGCAGAGACUAUCGAAAACCCUUAAUCUUGCCCUUUUCCAAGUCCAUGCUUCGUCAUCCAUUGGCUAAAUCCAGCCUUUCCGAAAUGAUGGGUGAUACUACCUUUCAACUCUAUCUACCUGAAUCGCACCCUGAGAGCCUAGUAGCACCCGAACAGAUCAAGAAGCAUAUUUACUGCUCGGGACAAGUGUAUUAUGCGCUUUUAAAAGCACGUGAACAGAACAAGAUGAAUGAUAUUGCUAUUUCUCGUGUUGAACAACUGAACCCGUUUCCGUUCCAACAGAUCAAGGAGCAUGCUGAUACAUAUCCUAACGCCGAAAUAGUAUGGUGUCAAGAAGAGCCUCUUAAUAUGGGAAGUUGGCAACAUGUGGAACCUAGGUUGACUACAGCGUUAUCAGAGACAUCACAUCAUGCUGGCAAAUCGCCCAUGUAUGCUGGUCGACCCCCAUCAGCCUCUGUUGCAACUGGUAAUAAGAAGAAGCAUUUGAAGGAGGAAUAUACAUUUUUAAGUGAGGCUUUGAUAGGAAAAGCGACUGAACCCAAGAAGAUUGAAGGUGGAAUUCCACUUUGGUAACUCCCCC